GAUGAAGAUGAGACGCCACAAGCUCUUUCUGACUCUGUGCAUGGGUGGUCUCUGCCUCAUCUCCGUCCUGCACUUCCUCAAGGCCCUCUCUUACGUCACCUUCCCCCGGGAGCUGGCUUCGCUUAGUCCCAACCUUGUCUACAGCUUCUUCUGGAACAAUGCACCUGUCACGCCACAGGUCAGCCCUGAGCCAGGAGGGCCGGAGUUUCUCCGCACGCCACUGUACUCCCAUUCACCCCUGCUCCAGCCCCUGCCGCCCAGCAGGGCCAGCGAGGAGCUGCACAAAGCUGAGUUUGUACUGCAGGAAGACACAUCAAAAUAUUUUGUCUAUACCAAAGCUGGCGGCGUCUGCUUCAAGCCGGGCACCAGGAUGUUGGAGAAGCCACCAGCGGGCCGGACAGACGAGAGAGAAGAUGGUGCUGCUUCGGGGCACCCAGCUCGCAAGCCGCUGAGCACCAGCGGCACAAAGCGGCGCAAGUGGGUGGAGUGCGUGUGCCUGCCUGGCUGGCAUGGCCCUAGCUGUGGGGUGCCCACUGUGGUCCAGUACUCAAACCUGCCCACCAAGGAUCGGCUGACACCACGUGAGGUACCCCGGCGGGUCAUCAAUGCCAUCAACAUCAACCAUGAGUUCGACCUCCUUGAAGCCCGAUUCCAUGAACUGGGUGAUGUAGUGGACGCCUUCGUGGUCUGCGAGUCGAACUUCACGGCCUAUGGCGAGGCGCGCCCACUAAAGUUCCGUGAGAUGCUCCUCAAUGGCUCCUUCGACUACAUCCGCCACAAGGUGCUCUACAUCUUCCUGGACCACUUCCCUCCUGGUGGGCGCCAGGACGGCUGGAUCGCCGAUGACUACCUGCGCACCUUCCUGACGCGGGACGGCAUCUCCCGCCUACGCAACCUGCGCCCAGAUGACGUCUUCAUCAUUGAUGAUGCGGACGAGAUCCCGGCCCGCGACGGCGUGCUGUUCCUCAAGCUCUACGAUGGCUGGACAGAGCCUUUCGCUUUCCACAUGCGCAAGUCCCUCUAUGGCUUCUUCUGGAAGCAGCCAGGCACCCUAGAGGUGGUUUCUGGCUGCACAGUGGGGAUGCUGCGUGCCGUCUACGCCACGGAUGGGAUCCGCCUCCGCCGCAGAGAGUACUACACUAUGCCCGGCUUCCGGCAGUACGAGAACAGCACGGGCCACAUUCUAGUGCAGUGGUCGCUGGGCAGCCCCCUCCAUUUUGCUGGCUGGCACUGCUCCUGGUGCUUCACACCAGAGGGUAUCUACUUCAAACUGGUGUCAGCCCAGAAUGGGGACUUUCCCCGCUGGGGUGACUACGAGGACAAGCGGGACCUCAACUACAUCCGGGAACUGAUCCGGACUGGUGGCUGGUUCGAUGGCACCACCCAGGAGUACCCUCCUGCUGACCCCAAGGAACAAAUGUAUGCCCCAAAGUACCUGCUAAAGAACUACCAGCGGUUCCACUACCUGCUGGAGAAUCCCUACCGGCGGGCGGAAGGGGCUGGGUGAGGGGAGCGGGACUUGCAUGGGAAAUGGGAACAUUAGAGCAAAGGGAAAGAGUGAGGUGUGUCUUUCAUUUUCCUUCUUCAUUUUGUUUCCAGCUGAGGUGCGUAGUUUCUCUGCAUUCUCUGCCUUUCCAAGAGUGAGACUUGGGGUGGGAUUCCCAGUCACUCUAAUGAGGGCCAGAGGGAAGGGGAGGAAAUGGAAAUUGGCCCUGCAGAAGGCAAAAAGACUAUGGCACAUCCCCUCAACCUUGCCUGCAGGAUGGAGAGAUCUUACCUAGGGGGCAGAUUUUCCUACACGAGGGUGGGCGGAGGGAGCAGCUGCCCCCACCGCGGAACAGGUUGCAUGCACGUGUGAGUCUGGACUUGUCAAUGAGCAUGUGAGUGAGCGGGCGAAUGUAUGAUCAUGUGCAUGUGAGUGGAUGUUUGUGUCACGCGUGUUCAUGUGAGUUUGUGUGUACAUGUGCAAAAGCAUCUCUAUAGACAUUUUAUUUUUUUACCUCAGUAUUCUUUAAAAGACAGCCUCCCUCUACCAACCUCCUGUCAAUGCAUCUCUCAUGGGCUCCACUCUUUGUCUAAUGUGCUGCCGGUCUUGGAGCUUGCAGAAAAGGGAAGUGGGGUGGAACACAAGUGCUUGUACUCCUCCUCUACCCCCACCUCACUGUCGCGCUGCACACCUUAGCUCUGCCCACAAAGGCUCAGGCUGUGUCCCAGAAACCUGCUUUCAUCAGGGGAGCAAGCUGAAGGGGUCUUCACUAGGUUGAUUGUGUGUUGUGUUCACAGGUGUGUGGAUUAGUGUGUGCCCGAGUGUUAAUGUGCAUGGAUUUGGCAGGUGUGUGGCAGAGUGCAUGUGUGUGAGAGAGAGGUGGGAGCAUGGCAGGAUUCAGAAGCUCUGCUGUCUACUUAGGGGUUAAGGAUAUUCAGGGAACCCUCUACAAGCCUACUGGGUAUGGGGGGCAGGGCCGGGAAGCUGGAGGCUCUGUGUGCCAGUGCUCCAUGAAUGGGCCUAUUCAGAACCAGCUCUGGAUGGGGUAAGAAUGGGGACAACCUUAGGGAGGCGCUGCUGGCAAUGUCUGUGGCAGGGAGCCUCCCUCCCCAAUAUAACAAUACAAUACAAGUGCUGGUUAAUCCUCUUCUCCCUGGAGUAAAAGGGAGGGGAAGGGGAAAUCCCAACCCCCUAGAGCCUAGCCCAAGUGUUGGGGCCAGUGGGAUACAGACUGCUGGGGAAUUACUCCUGGAAUGCUGCCGCCUUGUGGCUGAGAGGAUGUGCGAUCCAGACUCCUUGUCUAGACUGGGUGGAGAGUCAUGCAGCGAGGAGGGGAAGUGACAGAACUGGAUUUAAGAGCUGAACCAAUCAGAGCAGGAAGCUAAACUCUCCAUCCCUGUUGUCCCUCCACCGGGUUUUUAAUGACAGGGCUUGUUUCUUUCCUCGGCUGUCUUGGUUCUUUGGGGUGAUAGCCACCUUCCCCCGCCCCCAGUUUGAGCAAAUGGCUCCGUAGUGUGUAUGGAGUCCAAUCCGUAGCAUGUAGCAGGGUGAAGCUAUGUUAUUCUUCCAGCUGAGAGAGUACACUGAAGAGAGAAAUGAUGGAAACAUGAUUCCCCACCCUCUUGUUUGGAAUAAGCAUGGAGGAGAAAAGGGAAUGUUCCCUAUAAGGUGCGAUCAUCCCCCACCAGCCAGGCCAGCUGUGCUGAAGAGCGGGGGCUUUUUUUGCCAGUGGGAGCGUAAAUCACCCUGACCAUCAGGACUCACCACCCUUGUGUUUUUCCUGGAUUCCCUUUUCUGCUUCUCUCUUUCCCCCCACCUUUGUGCUCCCUCCUCCAUCUGUCUGGGGGAAAGUGACAGGUCCUAUAGCUCAGUUCUAAGGUCAAGCUUCCUCCUGAUCCUAUAAGUAUUUCUAAGGUUCUUAGCUUAUCUUGGUAGCUAUUCCCCUGGCACUCUGAAUUAACUGAAUUCCUUUUUCCAGCAGCUGUGGGUCCAAAGUACAACUGAGAUAGAACAACAUAAAGCACCAAGAUUGGAACCCCUUGGUUUUUGACUGAUCUGAGCCAUGUUUAAUCUUAUCUCACUCCUAGUCCCAUGACAGGUGCUCGAAAGAGGCUAAGCAUCAUUUCACUUUAUUCACAACUGCUACCAUCACCCACUACUGUCAGCUCCCUGAGAUCAUUGAAGGCUGGCCCACGGAAUGGGAGAAGGGGAGAUUUCUACCCUCACCUAUGGGAGAAAGCUGAUGCUGUGCUGCCCAAGCUGAGCUUCAUCUGCAUGACCCAUCAGCUAGGGUGUGAGGGAGGCAUGUUUCAGACAGAGGGGUCAUACCUCACAGAGCGGGGUCUACAGGCCAAUCUGCCACAGAGAGUUCAUGACUAUGGUGAAGGAACCCCCAUGACUUACAAGAACUGGAGGGUAAUUGCAAAAGGAGGGGCAUAUGUUAGUGGAGAAGACGUUGCAGCAGUGGAUUAGCACAGCUGGGCAGUACUACAAUCCCAGAUGGAGGCUGAGGGAGAGCACCAUGCAUCAGCCCAAGGGCCCGGUGCAAGAUAUUGCAGAGAGGUACAGAGGGACCCAGCCAUUGCUCAUUUUCUUUUAUUCUUGGAGAAAGAGUGAGAGCCCUGAACCUGCCCUCAGACUUUCUGCUUUGACUCCACCUUUCCACAGAAACAACAAACCAAAGUCCAGUCCCUGCUGACUGGCGGGGAGAGAGAGACACACACUAUAUAUCUUUGUCUGGAAACUCUAGAGUGCUGGGAGGUGGUCAGCUGCCUUGAUGGCAGGCACCAUAUAGCUAGAACUUGAGUCCCUUCCUUGCAGCACAGUCCUAGCCACUAGUCUGGGGUGGAUUUAGAACAUCUGGUUAACGCCAGCAAUCUUCCAAGAUAUGAAGCGAUGUGGGACCAAGCAGAUCAGAAUACAACCAAAGUACUAUGCCACCUCCCCUGGCACAGCACCUUUUCCCCAUUUGCCUCCUCCCCUCUUCCACUCAAUGGGCUAUCUGAGGUUUGCAUUGCACUGCAGGGUGUGCUUGCCUUGCCUAGGGUUUUGCAGUUGCCUGUUGUGAAUUUCUAAUGCACCCAUUGCUGCAGUAGCUAGGCCUGAUCCAGCACAGAGAUAUAGCCUGCUUGUUCCUCUUCCCUCCCUUAAUUACUCACCGGCCCUCUUCCCUCUCUCUCUUUCAGUUCCCUCUUCUCACUAUCAGCCACACUCCCCCAGGCAUGAGGAACAGAUCCCAUUGUAACUGGGAACGAUCAAGCAGUAUCCUCCAUGGAGCAAUGCACUGGCAUUCUCAUGGGACUGAUGCUACCUAGGGAACUGACUUGUGGUGUUGCCCAGAGCGCCCUCUUUUGGCAAAGGAAUGCGUGGACUUGC